UUUUUCUAUAAAUAUACAGCAGCGUUGGUCUCGAGCCGAAGAGGAAAUAAGGUUCAGAACAAACAUCACGCCUCCUGUUUACUAUGAAAUUUAAAGUAAGGUUCAAGAAACAGGUUUAUCAAGAUUUAACACAGUGACCGAAAGGAAGCAUUAAACCUGUAGGAAAUGGACCUCAGUUGUUCCUCGGUGAAAGUUCUGCUGUUCCUCAUGAAUGGUUUUCUUCAGACGUCAGCAGACACACACUCUCUGCAGUACUUCUAUACAGGAGUCACACCAGGAAUACAUUUCCCAGAGUUCACUGCUAUUGUUCUGGUAGAUGGAGAACUGUCUGAGUACUAUGACAGCAACAUCAGGAGCAUUAUACCAAAGACAGAGUGGAUAAAAAAGGUUGAUGCUGAUCAUCCAUAUUACUGGUCCAGAGAGACCGAGGAAUGGCAGGAUGAACAAGAGUGGCUUAAACAUGAUGUGGUUACAGCAAUGAAUCACUUUAAUCAGACUGAAGGAGUUCACACUGUGCAGCUGAUGUUUGGCUGUGAGAUUGAUGAUGACGGCACCAGCAGAGUAUUCAGCCAUUUCAGUUAUGAUGGAGAAGAUUUCAUCAGUCUGGAUCUGAAAACUAAAACCUGGACUGCAGCCAUCAAUAAAGUUCUGAUCACUAAAAAAAAGUGGAAUCCUACAGGGCAUACAGCUAAAGGCUGUACAUUCUACUUGGAGAACGAGUGUAUUGAUUGGUUAAAAAAGUUUGUGUCUUAUCGCAGAGACACUCUGGAGAGGAAAGUUCUUCCUACAGUGUCACUGUUCCAGAAACACUCUCCUUCUCCAGAGGUGGUGUGUCACGCUACAGGUUUCUUCCCCAAAGCAGUGAACUUCACCUGGAGGAAGGACGGAGAGGACGUGCAUGAGGACGUGGAGCUCAGAGAGACGUUACCCAACCAGGAUGGAAGCUUCCAGAAGAGAAGCAUUCUGAAAGUCCCAGCUGAGGAGCUGCAGAAACACACCUACACCUGUGUGAUUCAGCACAGCAGCUUGGAGAAGGAGUUAGUGCUAGAAGUACCAAAAGGUGGAGGAUCGAUGGCUAUCAUCGUUGGUGUAGUCGUGGCUCUCUUCUUUCUUGUCGCUCUCAUCGUUGCUGUUGUUGCUGGAAUUAUGGUCUGGAAGAAGAAGAACUCUGGAUUCACACGUGCUCCAGCCUCUGAAGAGUCUUCCUCCACCAAUUCUUAAAGCGUGACUGUGUGUCUUCCUGCUGAAGUGAGAGAGAGACACCAGCAGAUGGAGAUUAGGACUGGGUUUAAUAGCAAUUAACGAUUGUACAAAGGAGAAACACACAAUGGGACAUUUGGUGGAAGGAACAGUGCUGUUUCAGCCAUCUGACUAACUUUGAGUAAUAUUUGUUUUUAUCUUUCUGGUGCAGUGGAGACAUGACAUGCCAUCAUGCUGUUACAGUCCACAGCAGUCUGUAGAGAAAAAAAAAAAGAUUCUUCUGGGUGGUCUCUUCUGCCUGGAGCCUGAACACAGAACACAGUUAGAUUAUAUCUGACUUUAUUUUUGAAUAGAGCCACUUCCCAGAGUCAAAGCUUUCACUUGGACUUUCUCCAGGAUUUGAUUGCUUGCUGUUGAAGAUGUAUAUAUUAUUUUGCCAUUUUCUGGAAACUGACUUUCAUUUUCUUUCCACCAGUUUGUCAGGCAUCGAUCCUAAUAGGAUACAGAGAAAAGAUUCCUCUAUCUAUGUCUCUGUCCUUGAGGCUGAUGGUGUCUGGUCUGCUGUUUGAUGUGACUCUGUGAUGCUUCAUUAUUGCUGGUCAUGGAUAUGUUUUUCUUAUCAUGCAGAAGGUUCCAGAGCACAUCUACAUUCACAUAAAGUAAAGCGGGUUUCCAGGAUCUGUCUCAUCGGUGCAUCAGAACAAUUCAACUCUAUUUAGGAAGGCGUAACAGCGUCUAUACUUCAUGGGGAGACUAAAGAAAACUCAUCUAUCCCUUGAGAUCUCAGUAAAUGUUUACAUAUAUAUAUAUCAGUAUAUAUCUCCCCUAAAAUCCCUGAAAGCAUUCAUCUUUCCCCUGAGAUCCUGAACAAUUUUUACAGCUGCAUCAUUAAGUGCACUCCUAACAAGUUCCAUCACACUACGGAACGACAGAUCCAGUAGCUGAAAGGAAACCAUUGCAAAGGCUGGUGAAAUCUCCCAAUGCAUCAUUGGCACACAACUUCCUGCCAUUGAGUCUCUUCACCAUGCUAGAUGACUCCACAGAGCACACAAAAUCAUCAAGAAAUCCUUCCACCCUAGUUGCAGUUUGUUCAACCUCCUGCCAUCCAGAAAGAGAUACAGGAACAUCUGUACCAGAACUAGCAGGCUCAGGGCCAGUUUUUUCCCUACAACCAUAAACCUACUGAACUGUAUAGCGUUAGGACCCUUAUGUCUUACUGUCUGUAAUCACCCUACAGUUCUGCUCAACUCUAUACAUUCUGUUACAUCUCCAUGUAAUGAUAUAAUUAUAAAUGUAUUUAACUGUAAAUUCAUUGCUUCACCCUAAUUUACCUCUAGAUUUAUGUAUACUAUCUUUACAUACUGUGUUAUCCCUGUUACAGUUGAACAUACUAUGUACAUAAUGCACACAUAUUGCACAGACAUCCUACAUACAUAUACAACUAGCAGAUAUUUUUAUACACAUCCUGCCUACCCUUUUUAUAUAUUAUAGCUUUAUUUAUUUGUUGUACAUAAAUUUACAUAUUUAUUUUCACUUGUUAAUUUGCACAAUUUCUACUAUUUGCACUUCUGCUAUACUAUGCAAUGAAGACAGAGUUGUACUGUAUCUGUCUGUCUGUCUAUCUAUAAAGAAGCUCUGUCUGGUAAAGGAAAUAUAAUGAUUUCAAUUCUUAUUAAAGGAGUAAAUAAUUUGAGAUUAAACUCAUCCACCAAACAGUGA